UGCGCGCAGUGCACAGAAGGCUUUGAAAAUGUCGGUUGCCGAUGUGCGGCCAACCAGUCAUUUCAGCAGGAAUUUUUUAAAUGGCGUUAAAAUUGUGGCAUUUUGUUAAUAAUACACAAGAGAAGAUCCCAGCUGCAUGUCAAGAAAGACAAUUUGCAUGAGAGUGUUUCAGUCACUGUGGGACAAGGAACACGUGCCGCUCAGCAGGAGCCAGGAAUAAUACCAAUGGAGGGAGUCAAAAUGAGCCAGGUCACAGAUUGGAGACGACAGAAAUGCUCCAUUGUUAUUGAGACAGGAAGAGUAUCAGGGAAUUGAUGGUCAUUCCAGGUUCCAGCACUCUACCCAGUCAGGAGAUGAUUUCUCUGUCCAACUUAGGGUGAACCUCACUGUAACCGUGUGAUACCAGAUCAAACCUUGGCAACUCAAGUAAUCUCAUCUGAAAUGUUGUCCUAAACCCAUUGAUGGAUUUUGUAAAUUUUUUUACAGGUUAAAAAUGAGAAGGAAUUCAUCUCCAGGAAGCUCAAAAACGACACGCCAGUUUUGUUGUCUCUGCCUAGAUACUUAAGAAGUGGAGCAAGGGAUCCAAUUGUCCACCCUUCCUGCUCAGACUGUGGGGAGGAAUUCACUCGGUGAUUUUGACCAACUGGCACGCCCAUCAUUUUACACAGGAAAAAGGACAUUCACCUGCCCAGACAGUGGGAAUGGAUUCACUCGGUCAUCUCAACUAAAGGUACAUCAGCAAGUUCACACUGGACAAGGCCAUUCACCUGUUCUGUGUGUGAGAAGGGGUUCAGUCGGUCAUCCCACCUGUGGACACACCAAUCAGUUCACACCGGGCAGAGGCUGGUCUUCUGCUGAACUUCUGGGUAAGGAUUCACUCUGUCAUCUGAACUAAUGGCUCACCAGCGAGUUCACACUGGGGAGCGGCCGUUCACCUGCUCAGUCUGUGGGAAAGGAUUCACUCUGUCAUCCACCCUACUGGUACAUCAGCGAAUUCACACUGGGGAGAAGCUGUUCACCUGCUCAGACUGUGGAAAGGGAUUCACACUGUCAUCCCGCCUACUGGUACAUCAGCAAAUUCACACUGAGGAGAAGCCGUUCACCUGCUCAGUCUGUGAGAAGAGAUUUACUCAGUUAUCCAACCUACAGAGUCACCAGCGAGUUCACACUGGGGAGAAGCCAUUCACCUGCUCAGUCUGUGGGAAAGGAUUCACUCUGUCAUCCACCCUACAGAGUCACCAGCAAGUUCACACUGGGGAGAAGCCUUUCACCUGCUCAGUCUGUGGGAAAGGAUUCACUCUGUCAUCCAACCUACAGAGACACCAGCGAGUUCACACUGAGGUGAAGCCAUUCACCUGCUCAGUCUGUGGGAAAGGAUUCACUGUGUCAUCCAUCCUACUGGUACAUCAGCGAAUUCACACUGGGGAGAAGCUGUUCACCUGCUCAGACUGUGGGAAGAGAUUCACUGACUCUUCCACCCUACGGAGACACCAGCGAGUUCACACUGGGGAGAAGCCGUUCACCUGCUCAGAAUGUGGGAAGCGAUUCACUCGGUCAUCCAACCUACGGAGACACCAGCGAGUUCACACUGGGGAGAUGCCGUUCACCUGCUCAGUGUGUGGGAAAGGAUUCACUGACUCUUCCACCCUGCAGAGACACCAGCGACUUCACACUGGGGAGAAGCCGUUCACCUGCUUAUUCUGUCGGAAGAGAUUCACUCAGUCAUCCACCCUACAGAGUCAUCAGCGAGUUCACACUAGAGAGAGGCUCAGAAUAUGGGAAAGGAUUCACUCAGUCAUCCCACCUCUUGGCACACCAGUCAGUUCACAGUAAGGAGAGGCCAUUGUUAUGAAUCCUUUGGUUUUGUUUGCUGUAGACUGUCAUUUUAAGAGA